AUGGAAAUGAUCAGCGAUCAGACUGAUGGAGUGGAAAUCAGGAGAGAUGAACUAAAGUUGGAGGGCAACAAAAGAGAGAAUUUGGCAUUUAAAGGAAAGGCUGUACAGUCAAGCACAUUUAAUGCCUGGGGAGCUGCAAAGGCCAUCGACGGCAUCAGAUACACACCAAGCUGCGCCCACACAGCAUACGAGCUCAACCCGUGGUGGAGGCUGGACCUGCUGGAUUCUUACAACAUUUACAAAGUGACCGUCACCAACAGAGACGACUACUGUCUGGAUGAAACGUCUGGAGUAGAGAUCCGCAUCGGAAGCUCUCUGGUGAACAACGGCAACAACAAUCCCAGAUGUGCUGUCACUUCACUUGUCCCAGCAGGCAGUUCUGUCAGUUUCUCUUGUGGUGGAAUGGAAGGUCGUUAUGUGAACAUGUACAUUCCUAACAUCCAGAAGUAUCUCACGCUAUGUGAGGUGGAGGUUUAUGGAACAGCCAAGAAACAGGUGAUCCGAGUGCAGGUGAAAGCUGCUGAGAAUGUGGAUGAAGCUGAACUGAAGGAGCUCGUCUUAAACAAGUUAAAUCAGACGCUGAGCGAUCAGGACGUCAUACUGACAUGGAGGACGCAACCCAACGGGAAAGUCUUCCAGAAGAACAGGACUGUACUGAAACAAUCUCCUGUUUGUUCUUCUUUGAAGUGA